AUGGGCGUCCAAGGCGACUCCGGCGCUGCCAUCUACAAUGCAGCGUUGAAUCGCCGCCAGGCCCUCAUGGGCAACAGCGGAGCUCGCGCUCUUGUCAAGAACUUUCGUGUCUUCAGCUUGGCUGCCUUUGCCUGUAUCGGUGGUGUGCUGUAUGGUUACAACCAGGGCAUGUUUUCUGGUGUUCUUGCCAUGCCAUCUUUCAAACAGCACAUGGGAGCGUACGAUCCUCUCGACCCCAAUGCUAGCCAGACCAAGAAGGGUUGGUUGACAGCCAUCCUGGAACUUGGUGCCUGGUUCGGCACCCUGUUCUCUGGUUUCAUGGCCGAGGCCAUCUCCCGUAAAUAUGGCAUCAUCGUUGCCUGCUGCAUCUUCAUUAUCGGUGUUGUUGUUCAGGCAUCCUCCAUCCAAGCCGGAUACCCCGCCAUUCUCGGAGGCCGAUUCGUCACCGGUAUGGGAGUUGGAAGCUUGUCUAUGAUUGUACCAAUCUACAACUCCGAAGUAGCUCCUCCUGAGGUCCGAGGUGCCCUUGUUGCCCUCCAACAGCUCGCCAUCUGCUUUGGAAUCAUGGUUUCAUUCUGGAUUGAUUACGGCACCAACUACAUUGGCGGAACCUUGCUUGGCGAACAGAGCGACGCAUCUUGGCUUGUACCCGUGUGCCUCCAGAUCUUCCCCUGCCUGUGUCUCCUGGUCGGCAUGAUCUUUAUGCCAUUCUCUCCCCGUUGGCUGGUUCACCACGACCGCGAAGGCGAAGCUAGACAGAUUCUCUCAACCCUCCGAGGUCUUCCCAUUGACCACGAGCUGAUUGAACUCGAAUUCCUGGAAAUCAAGGCUCAGUCUCUGUUUGAAAAGCGAAGCAUCGCCGAGCAGUUUCCUCAGCUCCGUGAGCAAACUGUGUGGAACAACUUCAAGCUUCAAUUUGUUGCCAUCAAGUCUCUCUUUACCUCAAGGAGCAUGCUGAAGCGUAGUGCCAUUGCCAGUAUCACCAUGUUUUUCCAGCAGUGGACAGGAAUCAACGCCGUGCUUUACUACGCCCCGACCAUCUUCCAGGAUCUCGGACAAACCGACAACACCGUUUCUCUGCUUGCCACCGGCGUGGUUGGCAUCGUCAUGUUCGUUGCCACAGUCCCAGCCGUGCUGUGGGUCGAUCGAAUUGGACGCAAGCCCGUGCUGAUUACCGGUGCCAUCGGUAUGGCUACAUGCCACAUCAUCAUCGCCAUUCUCUUUGCCAAGAACUCCAAGGACUGGCCAAACCACCAGGCUGCCGGUUGGGCUGCCAUUGCCAUGGUCUGGCUCUUUGUCGUUCACUUCGGCUACAGUUGGGGACCUUGUGCCUGGAUCAUCAUCGCCGAGAUCUGGCCAUUGAGCACUCGACCUUAUGGUGUCUCGCUGGGCGCAUCUAGCAACUGGAUGAACAACUUUAUCAUUGGUCAAGUCACCCCUGAUAUGUUGCAAGGCAUCACGUAUGGUACUUAUAUCCUCUUCGGAGUCCUCACGUACCUUGGUGCUGCGUUCAUCUACUUCUUCGUCCCCGAGACCAAGCGUCUAACCCUAGAAGAGAUGGACAUCAUCUUUGGCAGCGAAGGUACCGCGCGUGCAGACUUUGAGCGCAUGGAGGAGAUCAACAACGAAAUUGGCCUCAACGCAAUCCUUUACAGCCAACAUCCUGAUGAGGUGGUGACAGUGGAGGCUGAGAAGUCCUAG